AUGACUAAGAGGCGACAACAAGGACAAGAUGCCAGCAGACAGAGCAAGCAGCGAAGAAGUUCAGCAAGCGGCCUCGCGAGUCCAAGCUUGAGCCAUGGCGCGGCAAGUCCAGGUGUGGAGCUACUGAGCAAGAGGUUCCAACCCAGAGAGAAGCACAGCAUCUUCUUCCAACGCAACGGGUUUGUGACUUUCCCCGAGUUCUUGUCGCCUGCUGGCUUGAGAUAUCUGAGGAGGCGAGUAGAUGAGAUCUACCGGGACAAGGCAGGGCCCCUCCCUCCCAUAACUCGCGUGCUCAUCGUCUCUGCAGCACCCGCAGUUGUAGACAUGCUGCAGUCUUACCUAGGCGCAGACGUUCAGCUUUAUGCCUCCCAGCUGCAUCGCAAGGUCAGCGCAGGAGCGCAUGGUCACGGCGGGCAUGCAGUGCCGAUCCAUCAGGACGGAGAUGAGAACGUUCUCACCUUGUGGAUAGCGCUGGACGACGUGGAUGAAACAAACGGGGGACUGCGAGUCUUGAGAGGAGGCCACAAGUACGGGAGGCUCCCAUUCCAACCUGUCAAGACGCAUGCUGAGCUGUCCGACGCCGAGUAUUUCUCGCGCUAUGUCGGACAAGAUCUCAAUGCCCGUCCUGCUCUGACGAGCGGCUUCAGAAUGUCUUCCGGGCCGACGUCUCCAAACUCUUGCCCUCGCAUGCGCCUCUUGUCUCAACGCGAGCGACGCAGAGGUAUCGGAAAUGCUUCACUGCGCGUGUUCAUGUGCUGCAGGAACGAAGGGAUGUACUGCUACCGGCUAAAGGCAGGAGGAGCAGCCAUGCAUCAUCCACUUCUACCGCACUGCUCUGAGAGCAACAUGAGCAUGGACAGGGACAGGAGGGUCAUCAUUCUCCGCUUCAUGUCGGGAGUGAUACAGGAGAAGGAGCAAGUGCAAGAGUACGAGAGCUAA